AUGUACUUCCUUGUCAAAUGGCUUUGUGUCGCCAUUGUUCGCUCCUUCUUCAAGGAGGUUGCGGUCAUUUACAAAGAAAGAAUCCCUCUCUAUGGCCCCGUUAUUUUCGUCGGGAACCACAACAACCAAUUUCUGGAUGCAUGUAUGCUGGUGUCCAUAAUACCUCGCCAAGUGCGUUUCCUCAUUGCUACCAAAUCCCUCAAGCGUCGCGUUGUUGGCUGCCUUGCCCGCAUGGCCGCCUGUAUAGGAGUGCGCAGAGGAGAAGAUGAGAGCCGCAAGGGCUCGGGUUUAAUCCAAAUCAUGGAGCACCCGACACCCACAAACUCUGGCCUGCGCGCUCAUCAGCAGCCCCAGGAGGAGCAGGUGCCGCAGGGGCAGCAGCGGGAGAGGGAGCGGGAGCGGGAAGAAGGGGAUGCAGGACAAGACGAUAGGCACGCGCGUGGCAGCAGCUUCAUUGGCAGUGGUGUCAACAAUAACAGCAGCAGUACCAGCAACAGCGGCUGCAAGGGCAGUAGCGACUCUGUUGCAGGUGCUCGUGUCUCAGGGCUCUCCCUUUGUCGCAGUCUGUCUGCCUCUGUUCGGGGUGUGGGGUCUCAGUUUAGGAAAGAAGUGUUGCCAGGAGACACCUUGUUAACAGGCAAAGGAGCGUAUCAUGUCAAGGCCGUCUUCAGCGACACAGAGAUGCUGGUUUCCCCAGACCCACAGCCGCUUCCCCCUUUCUCCUCCCUUCACCGCAACGACUCAUGGAGCGUACAAAAUGCAUCCGCCAAGCACAGCUUCGGAGAGGGAGACGCAGCAGUCCACGCGGAUGCUGCUGCGCCUACCUCACCCACAGCAGGAGCCGUUGCAGCAGCAACCAUGGGGCCCGUCACGCCAGCACGACCUCUGGAGAGGAACGGACAUCGUGUCGAUGAAAAGGCAACAAAACCCAAAAAAGGGGACGACUCCAUUGACGAAGUGCAGCUGGAUCAGCAGCCAGAGCAUCAGCGGGUAGAAACACGAGCUGAAUCACCUUCAGUGACAGCGGCAGAGCCCCCGGAGAGCCAUAAGCGUCAGCAAACUCAUGAAAGUGACAUUGCUGCUGCUGCAGCAGAUGCAGCAGAUGCUGCUGCAGCAGCUGACGCCGCAGCAGAAACGGCCGCGCGUGUUGCUGCUGCGCUAGCAGCAGAUGCAGUUGCCGCUGCAGCUGAAGCUUCGGCUGCAGCCGAUGCAGCGGCAGAAGCGGAGUAUGCUGCUGCUGUAGCACAGGCAGCGCUGGAUUCUGGGAGCAGGCGGGUGGAGCAGCAGCAGGAGAAGCGGAGAGACAGCAUCGAACACCAGCAGCAACCGGAUACUGGCCUGAGGAGACGUUUCUCUAGUCGCAUGGCGAAAGACAUGGCAGCUCACGAAGCUGCCUCAACAGCAGCAGCAGCAGCAGCCGCCGCCAGAGCUUCUCACGGGAUAUCAUGCGGCACUUCUGCCGGCGCUGCUGCUGUUGCGGCGGCAGCCGCCGCUGCGGCAGAGGCAGAGCAGGCGGCACAGGUGGCAGAAGUUGCUGCUGCAGUUGCUUCAGCGGAAGCAGAUGGGGAGGACGGCUUUGGGCCUCCAAUGGAAUACAGAAUAGCCCCAAGAAUAGAUCAGUCAAAAGUGUAUGAGGCAGUCACAGCGAGUUUGGUGGAAGGAGACACAAUCGGCAUUUUUCCAGAGGGAGGGAGCCACGACCGCACAACACUAUUGCCUCUGAAGGCGGGGGUGGCCAUUAUGGCACUGACGGCAAUGCAACACGGGGCUGAGGAGGUGUUGAUUGUCCCCGUUGGCCUCACUUACCACAACCCCCACAAGAUGCAGUCCAGGGCUAGUGUCCACAUAGGCGACCCCGUGCCUGUCACCAGAGAAAUGGCCCUUGACUACGCUGUGGACCGCCGGGGUACCACAGCAAAGAUCCUUAACCACGUGGAGAGAGGCCUUCGGUCCUGUAUCAUUACAGCUCAAGACUAUGAGGCAAUGGCCCAAAUACGUUUAUCAGCAAGCUUGUACCCUCCUGAGCGCCUACGUCUCGCUGAGGCGCGCUACUUCUUGUUGAUGCAGCUCAUCAGCAAAAUAUUCUGGAGAGCAGCUAACGACCCCCUUUUACUUGAUUUGCGGCAAAGUCUGUCUAAUUACGCAUCGGCCUUGGAGGCGCGGCGACUAGCUGAUCGUCAGGUUUGGCUUUUGAAGCAAUCUCCCUCAGGAGCUACUUUGUGUCUUGCGGAGACACUUGUGGCGAUUGUCUACUGCGCCAUCAUCGGCUUACCGCUGCUGCCUCUUUGGGCGCCCCUUCGCGUAAUAGCAAAUGUAUUGGCAGACAAACAAAGACGCAAGGCCUUGAGAGAGAGCCGCGUCAAACUGAAGGGCACAGAUGUAGUGGCGAGCUACAAGGUGCUGGUGCUCCUAGUGCUUGUCCCUCUCUUCAAUCUCAUCUAUGGUUUUCUCUUCGGGAUCCUCUUCCUCAACACUUGGCUUGAGUUGGUGCUUUCCAUGGCAACGGGUGUCGUCGUGCUGCCCAUCCUUUACUACUUCAGCAUGCGUAAAGCGGAGAGGUUGUUGCCCCUAUUGCAGCAAUUACGGAUCGUGACGAUGGUGGUAGUGGGGAGUGUCAACAUAUGGAGACAGACAGACAAGGAGCUUAUCACCCAGAGAAUACUCAUGCAAAUCAAAGUGCGUGACGUUGUGCAUCAACUGGGACCGGCCGUUUCGUUGACUUUCUCGCAAGAUAUUCAGAGAGCCUUGCCUACGGUGUUGUUGGAUGUUGACACAAAGCGACUGUUGCGGCUGCGUCGGCAGUUUGCACCUUUGCAGAUGAAGAUGCCUUACAGCGGCGCGACAGAAGUAAUAUAA